AUGGAUUUCCUUACUGAAGCCUUGAAGCCUAUUCCGGCUGGUGGUUGGUUGGGGCGGGCCCGCUCUGGAAUAUUGUGGAGUGAGGGCGGCUACAUCUUCAUCGUGAAUGAAUGCGACCGAGACCUCGCCGCGGCAAAGCUGCUGGAUGCCGGAUGCAUUCGCGCAGACUGGUCAUGGGGCUCCACCGACCCGGCCACGCUACAGACAUUGGAUGAUAACGCACAACGUAUACACAAAAAGUCGAUCCCGGAAUAUGAAGAUGUUGACAAUAAUUCCAUUCGCUUUGUAUUUCCUCCAGAGCGUGUCAGCAUCAUGAACGAGCCUAUUGCCCUCGUCCUUCCUUCCUUCGUGGGGCAUGGUCCACCACGGACAGCAGCCUUAGGAAGCAGAGAGCCAGCUCAAAGAGAGACACAGAACUACGAGAACUCAACACGGCUUCACAAGUCCCCACAAGCAGAGGCAUUAGUUCAAGAAGAAGACAUGCUUCAAGAGGACACGCCUCAAGAAGUCACGUCUUCAGCAGCCACGCCUCAAGAGGACAUACCCCAAGAAGACAAACCUCAAGAAGACACGCCUCAAGAAGACACGCUCCAAGAAGACACGCCCCAAGAAGAAAACAUUCAGGAAGACAUCCCUCAAGAAGACAAACUUCAAGAAGACAUCCCUCAAGAAGACAAACUUCAAGAAGACAUCCCUCAAGAAGACAAACUUCAAGAAGACAUCCCUCAAGAAGACAAACUUCAGGAAGACAAAUCCCAAGAAGACGAAUCCCAAGAAGACAAAUCCCAAGAAGACAAAUCCCAAGAAGACAAAUCCCAAGAAGACAAAUCCCAAGAAGACAAAUCCCAAGAAGAUAGGCUCCAAGAAGACAGGCAUCAAGAAGCCGCAACACUUUUAGAGCCUCAGACGCUUUCAGAGCAGGGAUCACAUCCGGAUCUAGAGAGUUUACAGCCAACAAAGAGCCAGCAGAACUCGGAACUCGUACAAGAUAUAACGAAUACACCAGACAUAGAAGAGCUGCAAGGCGGAGAGGAACUUCAGCAUAAUGCAGCAGAUGAUUCCAAGUUCACAUGCGUCGAUGGUUUCCUCUAUUACCCGCGUCUCCCAGUUCUACUCGAAACUAUAAUUCGUGCCCGAUUGCGCGUCCCUGAAGAGAAGGUAAGCUAUUGGGCGACCAUGCUGGAAGUUUGGGCCAUCCCCUAUCUUUGGGCACAGACCAUGGCACCAGAGGAUGUUCUUGACGGAAUUGAAGACGAAGAGGUCAAAGCUUGGUUCAACAAAGCAACCAAAAGGUUCGAAGGUGGCAUUGACCGCGUCACUAAUACCAAGAGGAAGGGAAGGGUGGCAACUACCAGGCCCCCGGUUGAUUUGGAUACACUAUUCGAUUAG